AGAGCGGGGUACUGGACGCGACGAGGGACUGGUGUCUUGAUAACGCGUGUCUUUCGUCUAACGUGUUUCCAGGUUUGUCACCUUUUCUUUAAGGGCUUCUCAUGGCUUCCAGUCACACUGUGCUGAUGCGGUUGGUGGCCUCAGCGUAUUCUAUUGCUCAGAAGGCAGGAAUAAUAGUCAGACGUGUCAUUGCCGACGGAGACCUGGGUGUCGUGGAAAAGACAUGUGCAACAGACCUGCAGACCAAAGCUGACAGAUUGGUGCAGAUGAGCAUAUGCUCUUCACUGGCACGGAAAUUCCCUAAACUGACAAUUAUAGGGGAGGAGGAUCUGCCUUCUGAGGAAGUGGAUCACGAGCUGAUUGAAGAGGGUCAGUGGGAGGAAAUACUGAAGCAACCAUGCCCGUCACAGUACAGUACUAUUAAAGAGGAAGAUCUUGUGGUCUGGGUUGAUCCUCUGGAUGGUACAAAGGAAUAUACUGAAGGUCUUCUUGACAAUGUAACAGUUCUUAUUGGAAUUGCUUAUGAAGGAAAAGCCAUAGCAGGAAUUAUUAACCAACCAUAUUACAACUACCAGAAUAAUGAAAACCAGAAGUUAAGGGAACACAGGAAUGAAGCAAAGGGGAGAAAAAUAGCAAGGGUUCUGGCUCCACUAGUAGGCAGAAGAGAGGCGGGACCAGAUGCUGUGUUGGGAAGGACAAUCUGGGGAGUUUUAGGUUUAGGUGCCUUUGGGUUUCAGCUGAAAGAAGUCCCUGCUGGGAAACACAUUAUCACAACUACCCGAUCCCAUAGCAACAAGUUGGUAAUUGACUGUGUUACUGCUAUGAACCCUGAUGAGGUGCUGCGAGUGGGAGGAGCAGGAAACAAGAUUAUUCAGCUGAUUGAAGGCAAAGCCUCUGCUUACAUAUUUGCAAGUCCUGGCUGCAAGAAGUGGGACACUUGUGCUCCAGAAGUUAUUUUACAUGCUGUAGGAGGGAAGUUAACCGAUAUCCAUGGGAAUGCUCUUCAGUACAACAAAGAAGUGAAGCACAUGAACUCUGCAGGAGUCUUGGCCACACUGAGGAACUAUGACUACUAUGCAAGCCGAGUUCCAGAAUCUAUUAAAAAUGCACUUGUCCCUUAAAGGGGAGUUUCAUUUACUUAGCUAGGAGAAGGACUUGGUUUUCAAAAUAAUACAUUAAAACUAAUCAUGGCAUUAGAGCUCCACCUUUAUUCAUUGCUGAUCUGUGAUUUCUCUUUACUUGGGAGAAGAAAAUAGAAUUAAAGAAUUUAGCAUGAUUAAUUAAUCAACCAGACCAAUUUUGGCAUCUGGAGAAUUUAUAAACUUAAUAUGUUAUAUUUCUUUUUCUCCUUUUAUGUAAAGACAUGAAAAAAAAAGGUUUACUUAAAACUGACUAUCCAGAUCAAUUGUUUAAUCAACAUUCCUAUCUUGUAAACCGUAUUUCUUUAGGGCACAGACCUGUAAGUUCCUAGAAUCUCACUCUUAUUUUCACAGUAAUUUUUAGAGUGUUCUACUCCAAUUA